CAUUCCGGGAGAUUGAUGCCCAAUUUUCUGAUGAUUUUUUGUCUAACUUCUCUUCAAAGUACUCCCUUUAUAACCAAAUGAAUAUAAGAAUUAACCCUAUACAAUGUUGCUUACAGUGUGUGGCUUCCUUCUGGAGAGAAAAUAGCAUGGAAAUGUGGUACUACCAACACCUGUAGUGCAGCUUCUGGUGAGCAGUUCUUCAAAAUGGAGAGCCAAAAAAAGUAUUUCAGGGUGACACUGAAAAAGCCGUCGUCCAGACUUCAGCGCUUCAUCUUGAACAUUUUAUCGACAUUUGUUUUACUUUUUAUAACAUUCAAUUGUUGUAUUGGAGGUGAUGUCAAACCUCGAAAAGAACUCUACACACCUGAUUACAAUGUCUACCAUAAUCUUACCAGAAUUGAGACUCACCUAACAGAAAUUGUUGACAGAAAUUCGAAUUACAUGCGACUGGACAAAAUUUACAGAUCAAAGGAAAAUCGUCCUCAGUUACUUUUACGGAUCAGUAACUUUUCUGGUAGCAGGAUUUCACCUGCACCUUAUGAACACCUUUAUUCCAAUGUGCCAAAAGUAAGGAUAUUACUUUCAUAUGGUGAACAUGCGAGGGAAUUUUUGCCAGUGGAGAGCUUGUUUUAUCUUUUGAAAAAUUUGACAGACGGUUUGAAGAUGGAUCGCGAUUCUCCUGGGGAACGAUUCUCACGGAUGGUGUUCUCGAAUAUUGAUCUUUUUAUUGUGGCGCUGGUUAAUCCUGACGGGCGAGAGUAUGUGGAGAGAACGAAGAACUAUUGUUGGAGAGGGACAGGAACAGGAGUUGAUUUGAAUCGCAACUUUGAUUGGGAGUUUGCAGGGAAGGGCAGCUCGGGUAACAAACAUGACGAGGAGUAUAGGGGACCAUUCCCACUUUCAGAACCUGAGAGUCGAGUGCUUGUUGACCUGACAGCCAAAUACGAGUUUGAUGCCUUCAUCUCAUUACAUUCUGGUAUCAAGCAGAUAUACAUUCCAUAUGCAGAUACGAAAUCUCAGACUCUUCAUCGCAAGCCUGACAACAUUGAGAGAAUGAUUGAUCUUGCCAGCCUGCUGUCACACUCAACUAGUCAUCACUACAGAUAUGGUUUGGCAUAUGAGCUCAAUGAUUACACAGCUGACGGGUGUGUCUUUGACUAUAUGGCAGGAAAGAGAAAGAUUCCGUUUUCCUUAGCUAUUGAGAUGUGGGGAGAUGGAGACUUGCCAGGGACCCAGUGUUUUGAUCUGUUCAAUCCUCGAAGUGAAAAUCUAGUGCGUGAUCUUAAAGAAAUCCACCCACUCUAUGACACUCUAUUCAUUUACCUCAUCAGAUGGAAAAUGGAGAAGAUGGCCAUUUCAAUGGAUCCAGAGAAGGAGGCUCCAUCCUUGACCUUUGGCCUCUUGCUUCUCGGCGUCGUGGUGCUGAUUACGUUUAUUUUCGCCAUCCACAAGAAGUUACCGCCGUGGCUGAGGAUGUUUCCAAGACGGCGUGUCGUUAGCUUACGGACAUUAAGUUCCGCAUUCCCAACAUUCUCAUGACAGGAUUGACGAUAGUGACCGCAUGUGCAGAGUUCUCUAGUCUUAAGCUGCAUCUAUAUAGAAUGUGUGGUUUUGCCCUGUUCCGUGAUCGCUUGCGACCAUGCGAUGUCCCCUACACAAAAUGAACCUUUCUUUGGUCUAUUCCCGUUCCCCAUUGGUUGUACAAGGGAACAUGACAUGGAGGUAAUGAAAACAAUGCCACACGUUCACAAGGGUAUAGUCUAUGGACAUGCAGCCUCAAAGGCCCUUGUACCUUAAUAAAAAUAUUGACCAUGGUAAUUUUACUCUUUCCAAUAUGUGCACAGAGAGUGAACGCUUUUACCACUGUUAGGAGAUUGAUUGAGUUGGGACAUAUUCUGAUCAGGUAUCUUUGAAUUACUGCCCUGCUGACUUAAGGAGGAGUGUCUGGAGUUGACGCUUGGCUAGCACUAUCAAUAAUGCCCUUUGUUCAAAGAAAUGUUAGUCACCUACUGAUGUUAACUUUACCUUAGUGCUACCUAGAAUAAACUGAAGGAUAUAAUGUCAAAUUAAAGUUAAUAUCAAGUUAAUGACAUAACUUGUUGAGAGCAAUCGUGGCAUAGAAGGUGCUAAAGGACCUGCAAACAGAUAGCAGAAUUUGAGUGUACGAAUCCUGAGGCAUUCACACUCUUUCAGGGACUCUGCGACUAUCGAUACUACCGGUCAAGCAUAUCCUUUAAACUUUGACAGUGUACAUGUAUCUCGGGUGGGUCGGUAUGCAUUUACAGCACUGCUGUGGCUUUAAGAACUUGAUAGAUGGUAGGUGGUGACAAGUCGUCAACUCUCAAACAUAUUGUCUGUUGGGUUUAUAAAGCCCCAAUCACUUAAAACAUUUCCAAUGGGAGUGUUAUCUCUUCAUCAGGUCUAUUCAGACAUAUCAAUAUGCUCUGUGAUAUUUUCUUCAACUAUUAUCGCGUUGUGGUUAAUUGUGUUCUGGUUUUGUUUAUGCUCAGUAUUAGAAAUAGAACUUCCCUUAAUUUGGUGAGCUUGGAUAAUUGCAGUUUACUCUUUCGAAAACACUCUUUCGAAUUUCAAGUAGCUGCCGUAUUUUAAUCUACUGUUGAGUUGCAUUUUAAUAGUAUAAAGAUUUUACCUCCUGCAUUGAAUCUGACUGUAUGUCCAUGUAUCAGAAGAGCUCAGUGGUCUACAUGUGACCUAUCACAGCAAAACCCUGUGCAAAUCGCUCUGAGCCUGCCUGGUUGUGACUCACUGGUUGUUCAUUUCACUGUUGUCUCCGUUUUGUGAAAACUGAGUGUAUUAAUUUCUUCCUGUAUCUCCUGGUGUCAUAAUUGGCUCAUCUUCUCUGCAACAUGCGUCCCGUUUUGCUGUUACAUGUCACAGACUAAAUGUCUUUUUGUUUGGAGAAGUAAGAGAUCUUGUCAAUGUAAGUAAUAAGAGAGACAGUAUACACCUUACUCAAAUGUGCAUAAUGUAUGAAUUUUACGUCAUGGAAAAUUAAUUUUAUAACAAUUUUUGUGAUAAAUUAAUGAUGCUAAUGUAGUUAUCAACAAUAAUAAAAUAAACCCUAUGAAGA